AUGUCAACUAGAAUUCUCGACGUUGUUUCAAAACUGGCAGUGCCAGCCACCUUGGCUGUGAUGGCCGCACAAUACUCGAUGUACGAUGUUAAAGGUGGUUCUAGGGCUGUUAUCUUUGAUCGUUUUGAAGGUGUGAAAUCUGGUGUAAUUGGUGAAGGUACCCACUUCUUGGUACCAUGGCUCCAGAAGGCCAUCGUUUUCGACGUCAGAACAAGACCAAGAAACAUCUCUACCACCACCGGCUCCAAGGAUCUUCAGAUGGUGAGUUUGACCCUCAGAGUAUUGCACAGACCUGAUAUUCAGAAUCUUCCUACGAUCUACCAAUCCCUGGGUCUUGACUACGACGAAAGAGUGUUGCCCUCCAUUGGAAAUGAAGUCUUGAAGACGAUUGUUGCGCAGUUCGACGCUUCUGAGCUCAUUACGCAGAGAGACGUGGUAUCCAAUAAGAUUCGCAAAGAGCUCGGGGAACGUGCCCAAGAGUUCAACAUUCGCCUGGAGGACGUUUCGAUCACGCACAUGACGUUUGGACGUGAGUUCACCAAGGCCGUGGAGCAGAAGCAAAUCGCCCAGCAGGACGCCGAAAGAGCCAAGUUUUUAGUGGAAAAGGCCGAGCAGGAGAGACAAGCCUCUGUCAUCCGGGCUGAGGGUGAGGCUGAGGCUGCCGAGCACAUUUCCAAGGCCUUGCAGAAGGCUGGAGACGGUUUGCUGCUGAUCCGUAGACUGGAGGCUUCCAAGGAGAUUGCUGAGACAUUGGCUGCUUCACCUAAUGUGUCGUAUUUGCCUGGUGGUUCCAAAUCUGCGAACAACUCUCCCAGCAGCUCGUUGUUACUGAAUCUGGGACGUUAA